AUGAAUUCAUUUGAUAGUUACGAUUUAAUAAAACCUAAACCUAAAAUAUAUGGGACCGUAAUUAAAUACAUUUGUUUGGGUCUCUCUGUGGUACUCGUAUCGUUCAUUCUUUGGAAAAUCAGUGAUUAUUUCGAAAAAAAACCUCUUGCACGGAAUGGUACCAAUUAUCAAUCAAAUAGUGAAUAUUAUAAACAAUUGACUGGUAUUCAUGAAUUCAGUCAAUUAGAUAAUCUUCGUUUGGAUCGUCUUUCAUCUCCUCGAUUUCAUCCACACAAUGGAAAGAGUGCGGUCUAUCUUAGGCAACAAUAUCAUAUGCCUGAUUUAAAAGGAUCGUCAACGACGCUUCAUUGGAUUGAUUUAGAAACAAAUAAAACUGUUCAACUCACACGACCUAUUUGGAAUAUUCAUGAUGAAUCAUUCUAUUGGAUUGAUAAUAAAACAAUUCUUUUUCUAUCGAAUCGAGCUUCAUCGGGUCUUACUCAAUUAUUUCAACUCAAUCUACCUGAUGAUGUAUCAGUGAUGAGCAGUUAUCUUGAUCCAAUUCAAAUUACCAAUUAUACACUUAAUGUUGAUCAUCUAUUGGUAAAUCGACAAGGAACACGUCUUGCAUUUAGUUGUCAAGUUUAUGCUAAUUUAUCUAUUCAACAAACAGCUGAUCGACAAACAAUUGAAAAAGCUAGUAGUGGUUCUGUAUAUAAAUUCGAUAAAUUAUUUAUUCGUUACUGGAAUGAAUACAUUCUUGGUCCACGUAAUCAUCCAUUUGUUGUGUCAAUUGAACGAAAUAAAAAUGGAAUAUUCUAUUUUACAUCUACACCAACAGAUGUUCUUUUUGAUGUUGAUGCUGAUUCACCAAUAAGAUCUUUUGGAGAUGGUCAAAGUCAAUGGUCAUUUAGUGCAAGUGGAAAUAAAUUUGCUUAUACAAGACAACAUGAUGAAACAAGUGCAGUUGCUUGGUCAGUGAAUUAUGAUAUAUAUACUGUUGAUUUAACUGCAUCAAAAUUAAUCAGUGUAUGCAUUACAUGUGAAAAUUUUGCAGCAGAUGCAAAUCCAAGAUAUUCACCAAUAGAUGAUCAAGUUCUAGUCUAUCGAUCGCAAUCAAUUCCUAAUUAUCCAGCAGCUCAAUUCAAAGUCAAAUGGUAUAAUGGUUCUCAUACAAAAAGAACUCUUCUUAGUAGUUGGAGUCACAGUAUUGCCGCUGCAACAUGGUCACUUGAUGGUCAAUCAUUAUUUCUUGAACUAGGUGAAGAAGCACGUCAUGUUAUUUAUAGAUUCUCGAAUAUCUUAUCGCCUUCAUCGACUCCUAUUCGUCUGAUUAACAGAGGUUCAUCACAUGAUGUUAAUAUUCAUCCAACAAAUAAUGAAAUGUUUUUAUUUACUCAUGAUAGUAUUACAAAACCAAAGAAUAUUUAUUUAUAUGAGUCUAUCGCAUCAAUGCGACCUAUUACUAUUCACAAUAAUAAUCUUUUAGAUAAAGUACGAAUGAGUACAGUAGUUGAAACAUUUAAUUUGGCAUGGAUUUAG